GGUUUGAGGCUUUAUUGUCGGUCACCAGAAAAGAGGAGGAGUCGGUGUAGCCUCGGAGCUCAAUGAGACUGUAAAAGACAUAGUCAGUCAUGGUACGAAGCUAAAAAAAAAAAAAAAAAAAGAAAAAAGAAAGAAGUGGAUUGACUGGGCUUGAUGUCUCCGCUUUUGUGAUUUAUAACUCGAAAAGGACACGGAGAGGACGCGAAGGAAAAGGACCGACGCUGGAUAAAAGGGAAGCCCCGAGAGCGAGAGUGAAAAGCGGGGUACAAGAUGCAGUCUGCCUCGGUGUUUUGGAGCUCUGUCCUGGUAACUUCACUGCUCAGCUACGCUCCAGGAGCAGAGGCCAGUGCGGAGUGCUCGUGUGGGAAGAACCACUUCACGUGCGCGGUCAGUGCGUUUGGGGAGUGCACGUGUAUCCCGGCACAGUGGCAGUGUGAUGGUGACAAUGACUGCGGUGACCAUAGCGACGAGGACGGAUGCAUGCUGCCAACCUGUUCUCCGCUGGACUUCCACUGUGAGAACGGGAAGUGUAUCCGAAGAUCGUGGGUUUGUGACGGAGACAAUGACUGUGAGGACGACUCGGACGAGCAGGACUGUCCGCCCAGAGAGUGUGAGGAGGACGAGUUCCACUGUCAGAACGGCUACUGUAUCCGGAGUCUGUGGCACUGUGACGGAGACAAUGACUGUGGGGACAACAGCGAUGAGCAGUGUGACAUGCGUAAAUGCUCAGAUAAAGAGUUCCGUUGCACAGAUGGAAGUUGUAUUGCGGAGCACUGGUUCUGCGAUGGAGACACGGACUGUAAGGACGGAUCAGACGAGGAAAACUGCCCCUCAGAUGUUUUGACUGCCACCUGCAGUGCGGAGGAGUUCCAGUGCGCGUACGGCCGCUGUAUCCUGGACAUUUACCACUGCGACGGAGACGACGACUGUGGAGACUGGUCUGAUGAGUCCGACUGCUCGUCUCAUCAGCCGUGCCGCUCAAUGGAGUUCAUGUGCAGCAGUGGCAUGUGCAUAAACGCAGGCUGGAGGUGCGACGGAGAGUUCGACUGUGACGACCAAUCAGAUGAGAGAAACUGCACUACCUCCAUGUGCACGGUGGACCAGUUUCGCUGCAGAACGGGGCGCUGUGUGCGGUUGUCAUGGCGAUGUGACGGAGAGGAUGACUGCGCCGACCACAGCGACGAAGAGGGCUGUGAGAAAACUGAGAGCCCUCCGUGCGCCUCAGACCAGUUCCAAUGUGGAAACGGCCGCUGCAUCGGUCAGAGGAAAGUCUGUAACGAAGUGAACGACUGUGGAGACGGCACAGAUGAGCACCCACAUCACGACUGUCGCCCGCGCUCCAGUGAGGGAAAUUGCAUGCAGAACAAUGGAGGCUGUGCUCAGAAGUGUCAGAUGGCUCGGGGACUGGUCCAGUGCACCUGUCACACGGGCUACAGGCUGAUGGAGGACGGCCGGAGCUGUCAGGAUGUGGAUGAGUGUGCAGAGGAGGGCUACUGCAGUCAGGGCUGCACUAACACUGAGGGUGGCUUCCAGUGCUGGUGUGUGCAGGGCUACGAGCUCCGGCCAGACAAGCGCUCUUGUAAGGCCCUGGGUCCAGAGCCAGUGCUGCUGUUUGCUAACCGCAUAGACAUCAGGCAGGUGCUCCCCCAUCGCUCCGAGUACACUCUACUCCUCAACAACCUGGAGAACGCAAUCGCUCUGGACUUUCACCACAACCGCGAGCUCGUCUUCUGGUCCGACGUAACUCUGGACCGGAUCAUGAAGGCCAACCUCAACGGAUCCAACGUGGAAGAGGUGGUGUCUACGGGACUCGAGAGCCCAGGUGGUUUGGCCAUCGACUGGAUCCAUGACAAACUGUACUGGACUGACUCUGGCACAUCUCGUAUUGAGGUGGCCAAUCUGGACGGGACUCACCGCAAAGUACUGCUGUGGCAAAAUAUGGAGAAGCCAAGAGCCAUCGCACUGCACCCAAUCGAAGGUAAAAUCUACUGGACAGACUGGGGGAACACUCCUCGUAUCGAGUAUUCAAACAUGGAUGGCUCCAAUCGCAGAGUGAUCGCAGACACUCACCUGUUCUGGCCAAAUGGACUCACCAUUGACUACGCCAGCCACCGCAUCUACUGGGUCGAUGCCAAGCACCACGUCAUCGAGAGAUCCGACCUAGACGGACGCAACCGGAAAGCAGUUAUAAGCCAAGGCCUCCCUCACCCAUUUGCCAUCACAGUGUUUGAGGACAGCUUGUACUGGACUGACUGGCACACCAAGAGCAUCAACAGCGCCAACAAAUUCACCGGGAAGAACCAGGAAGUGAUCCGCAACAAGCUGCACUUCCCAAUGGACAUACACACGCUGCACCCCCAGAGGCAGCCCGCAGGAGGCAGGAAUCGCUGUGGGAGUAAUAAUGGCGGCUGCAGUCACCUGUGUCUUCCCAGUAACAAGAGCUACACCUGCGCCUGCCCCACGGGCUUUAAGAAGGUCGACCACUACAACUGCGCCAACAGUCUUGACCAGUUCCUGCUUUUUGCCCGAAGGACGGACAUCCGGCGCGUCAGCUUCGACACGGAGGAUAUGUCCGAUGACGUCAUCCCUCUGGCCGACGUUCGGAACGCCGUGGCUCUGGACUGGAACGAUAAAGAGGGAUUCAUUUACUGGACUGAUGUUACCACAGACUCUAUCAACAGAGCUAUGUGGGAUGGAUCCAAGCAGGAGGUGGUGGUGGACACUAGUCUGGAGAGCCCUGCUGGUUUAGCCAUUGACUGGGUUACAAACAAACUCUACUGGACUGAUGCUGGUACAGACCGUAUUGAAGUGUCUAACGCAGACGGCAGCAUGAGGACUGUUCUGAUCUGGGAGAACUUGGACCGACCCAGAGACAUUGUGGUGGAUCCUAUUGGAGGAUUCAUGUACUGGACUGACUGGGGAGCGAACCCAAAGAUCGAGCGUGCGGGCAUGGACGCCUCUGGUCGUGCAGUUAUCAUCUCCUCCAACCUGACGUGGCCAAACGGACUGGCCAUAGACUACUCCACACAGAGGCUGUACUGGGCUGACGCCGGCAUGAAGACCAUCGAGUUUGGGAACUUCGAUGGGUCUAACAGACAGGUUCUAAUUGGUAGCCAGCUGCCUCACCCAUUUGGCCUGACCGUUCAUGAAGAUAAACUAUACUGGACAGACUGGCAGUCGAAGAGCAUUCAGAGCGCAGAUAAAAUGAGCGGACUCAAGAGGGAGAGUGUGGCCGAGAACCUGGAAAACCUCAUGGACAUACACAUGUUCCACAGACACAGAGGCACGGUGUCAAACCCAUGUACAGUGCAAAAUGGAGGCUGUAGUCACUUGUGUCUUUUGGCUCCGGCUCCGAAGGCAUCGAACUGCGCCUGUCCCACCGGCAUCAACCUGCAGGAGGAUGGCAAGACUUGCACUCCAGGCAUGAGCACGUUCCUCAUCUUUGCUCGGAGGACAGACAUUCGGAUGGUGUCUCUGGACAUCCCAUAUUUCGCUGAUGUUGUAUUGGCCGUCAACAGUUCAAUGAAAAACACCAUUGCCAUAGGAGUCGAUCCCAAAGAAGGUAAAGUGUACUGGUCAGACAGCACACUGAAGAAAAUCAGCAGAGCUCACCUUAACGGCAGCGCUCACGAGGACAUCAUCUCUACAGGUUUGAUGACCACAGAUGGAGUGGCAGUAGACGCUGUGGGCAGAAAGAUCUACUGGACCGACACUGGCACAAACCGGAUCGAAGUGGCUAACCUGGACGGGAGCAUGAGAAAGGUCCUGGUGUGGCAGAACCUGGACAGCCCCCGUGCAAUCGCACUUUACCACCAGAUGGGGUACAUGUACUGGACAGACUGGGGGGAACAUGCUAAACUGGAGCGUGCUGCGAUGGAUGGCUCAGACAGAGCGGUGCUGAUCAGUAAUAACCUGGGCUGGCCCAAUGGACUGGCCAUAGACACAGCAGGUUCCCAGCUCCUGUGGGCAGAUGCACACACAGAGAGGAUUGAAGCCUCAGAUCUGAAUGGUCAGAAUCGUCGGACUCUGGUGACUCCCGUGCAGCACCCAUACGGGUUGACCCUCCUCGGCUCCCAUAUCUAUUGGACCGAUUGGCAGAGCCGCAGUAUCCAGAGAGCUGACAAGAACACAGGAGGAAACACCAUCACUGUGAGGUCUAACCUGCCCGGGCUCAUGGACAUCCAGGCCGUGGACCGGGACAAGGCUCUGGGUCAUAAUAAAUGUGGUCGCAGGAAUGGAGGCUGCUCUCACUUGUGUCUUCCCCGCCCUAACGGCACGUCGUGUGCUUGUCCUACUGGCAUCGUCCUGAAGGGAGACGGGCGCACCUGUGAGGACGCUCCAGAGACCUACCUGCUCUUUUCAAACCGAGUGAGUGUCCGGAGGAUCUCACUGGACACGGACGACCACACGGAUGUCCAUGUCCCUGUCCCGGAGUUACAUAACGUCAUCUCUCUGGACUACGACAGUGUGGACGGGAAGCUCUAUUAUACCGAUGUCACACUCGAUGUCAUCAGGCGUGCAAACUUGGAUGGCAGUGGGAUGGAGACAGUGAUCAGUCAGGGCCUGAAGACCACAGACGGGUUGGCUGUGGACUGGGUCUCCAGAAACAUGUACUGGACUGACACGGGCAGAAACACCAUCGAAGUGGCUCGACUCGACGGGACCAGUCGAAAAGUCUUGGUCAACAAUAGCCUGGACGAGCCCCGAGCCAUUGCAGUCUUCCCCAGCAAAGGGUACCUGUUCUGGACUGACUGGGGGCACAUAGCAAAGAUCGAGCGCUCUCAUUUGGACGGAUCAGACCGAAAAGUCCUGAUUAACACAGAUCUGGGCUGGCCCAACGGACUCACUCUGGACUACGACACACGCAGGAUUUUCUGGGUGGACGCUCACUUGGAUCGCAUUGAGAGUUCAGAUCUGAACGGGAAACUGCGUCAGAUCCUCGUCAGCCCUGUCUCCCACCCAUUCGCUCUGACACAGCAAGACCGAUGGAUCUACUGGACGGACUGGCAGACCAAGUCCAUCCAGCGCGUGGAUAAGCACACAGGGAGGAACAAGGAGACAGUACUGGCCAAUGUGGAGGGGCUCAUGGACAUUAUAGUGGUGUCCCCAAACAGACAAACUGGUACAAACUUGUGCGGAGUGAAUAAUGGAGGCUGCACUCACCUCUGUUUCGCCAAAACCAACAGCUUCGUCUGCGCUUGUCCUGAUGAACCAGACGGACGGCCCUGUUCCACUAUUUCAGGUUUUGUGCCCACGUCUCCGGCUAAAGGCAUCAGCAGCACCCCGGUCCCCAAGAAACCCAAGUCUCCCACAGAUCGUCCCAGAGCAGGAGCAGCCACCAACUGCACAGACAAGAAUGAAGAGGGCUGUCUGACCAAUAGUGUGAUGACCGCUCCUCAUGGAGAAAGCCUACACAUCAGUUAUGUCAUUGGAGGAGUCCUGACCAUUCUGGCCAUUCUCAUCCUCAUCGCUGCUUUCAUUAUUUACAGACAUAAAAAGUCGAAGUUUGCCGACCCGGGGGUGAGUAACUUGACGUACAGUAACCCCUCGUACAGGACAUCCACACAGGAAGUCAAGAUCGAGGCAUCGCAAAAACCGCCCAUUUACAACCAGCUCAGAUACAAAAGAGAGGGCGGUGUGGACGGGAGCUACACUAAGGAGAAGAUCCGUAUCGUGGAGGGCGUGUGUCUCCUGUCCAAUGAGGAGCUUUACUGGGACGACCAGAUCAAACAGAUCAAACCAUCAAGAGGCCUACACACCUGCAUGAGGACAGACACCGUGUCCCUCCAAACCUCCAGCGCCUCCCUGGACGACGGAGAGACCGAGCAGCUGCUACAGGAGGAGGCAUCCGAAUGCUCCUCCAUUAACACCCUCACCCCCCUCACCCCCUCGGCCCUCACCCCCACGCGCCACGCCCACCCCAACAUGGCCGACACGGGCUGGGCCUCUCACCGCAAACCCUCCACGGAGAGCGAGGUCUGAGCCAGGGACACAGGGACAUUCAAUACAAGCUCUGGAGUGGGAGACUGUAUGCAAAGAUGGGCACAUGAAGCACAUGAAGCAGAUAAGUAGUAAUGGCACUUAGAAGUAAACUGCAUAUUUCAAUUUAAAGUGUA